UAUUGAUUUCCAAAAGUGUUUAUCUGUGUUUGUCUGUCUUUAUACAAGUUCGUCAACGAGUAAUUGCACAGAAGAGUAUCCAGUUUAAAGUUUUUUUUUUUACUUUGUUAAAUGAUACCAUGUCCCUGGAUAUUAAAACUGAAAGGGCAGUUGAUGAGUUUCCAGAAGAACCAGGAGUAACGGAUAUUGCUUUUGUUGUGGAGGGACGAAAGAUAUAUACCUUUAAAACAAUUCUUUCCAUCGCGUCUCCUGUUUUUAAAGCAAUGUUUUCUUCGGAUUUCAAAGAAAAAAGUUCAAAGGAAAUUGAACUACCUGGAAAAACCUACAGGGAUUUCGAAAAAUUUCUGAUGUGCUUAUCUCCAGACAAAUACUUGGAUUUGAAUGAGGGUAUGAUUGAGAGAUUACUGCCGUUAGCCAAAGAAUACCAGGUUAAUUCAAUUAUCAGGAGAUGUGAAGCAUGGCUUCUUAAAGAGAUGAAUCAAAGAGAAAAAUGUGACAAAUCAAUGGAAGGCGAAGUGAAAUUUUUAUUGAAAUCAUACUUUUAUGGAAGUGAAUACAACAUGCCAAAAAUACGAGCACGGACUUUCAAACGACUGGUUCGAUUUAAAUUGAGGUCUUACAAAAGUGUGCAAUCAUAUAAAGAACUCUCUGAAAAAGAUAAAAUAGAACUUCUGGAGGCAAGGAUAAAUGAAGUUGAUUCAUUAUACCGUUAUUGCCAAUAUUGUGAUAAAAGUGAUUAUUUUUUGGGACGUUUUGAAUUAUUUAAGGAAUGAAUUUAAUAG